AAUAUAUGGUGUGGGCGUCCCCGAAGUCCGCGGGGGCAUAUUACGGCCGCAGAAAUUGGGCGAAUCGCAAGUAAGUACCAAACGUCGUCGUGUGGUAAAGCGACGUCGCCGACGGGUCGCCGUAGCAGCACCAGUGACACCAUCGACGAGACAAACGUCGUUGUCCUCGACUACCAGCAGCAUCCGCAGGAAAAUUUUCAGCAGAUAAAACCCCAGCAGGAAGUUACUGAGGACGAGCAGCAGGAGAAAUCCUCGACGACAAUCGAGUCGGCGGUUUCACAACCGGAAAAUAAUAUCAUCCCCGAAGUCACCUCGACGGCGCCUGUCGUCCGCGAGGUACAGAGCUUCGACAAGACGACCAUCAACAUUGGUGUCGCGAUGAACCACGUUAAUGAUCAGGACAAUACGAAGCAACAAAAGUUCAAACGUGCACUAGUUAUUGACAAUUUUGACGACUUAAUGGACACACAAGAGGAAACACCAAAUGAUGGGGGAGGGGAUGGUAAUGAUCUACGACCAAUCAAUGGAGAACUAGAGUUCGAAUUAGCCGGAGUUCAUGAAAUGUCUAGUUGCAUUGGCUUGGAUCAAGAAAUGGACGAAGACGAAGCUCGAUCUGAAGCGACCUUCCGGUACACAGUUGAAAAUGUCUCUAAAAUGAAGGAGUCACAAUUAUCACCACCAUGUAUCGUACGAAAUUUACCGUGGAAAAUAAUGGUGAUGCCGCGGUCAAGUCAAACCCAAGAGCGACAGCCCCAGCGGUCAUUGGGAUUUUUCCUACAGUGCAACGGCGAGAGUGAGUCAACGACUUGGAGUUGCUAUGCAGUCGCUGAAUUACGUCUGCUCUCAUGUAAAGAGGGCCAAGAACCUUUUAGCAGAAAAAUUCAACAUCUAUUUUACACCAAGGAAAAUGACUGGGGAUUCAGUCACUUUAUGUUGUGGCAAGAUGUGUUGGAUCCAGACAAGGGUUAUAUUAAAGACGACUCAAUUACACUUGAGGUCCACGUGGUAGCAGACGCACCCCAUGGAGUGAGCUGGGACAGUAAAAAACACACGGGUUACGUUGGAUUAAAAAACCAGGGUGCAACUUGUUACAUGAAUUCUCUUCUUCAGACACUUUAUUUUACAAAUCAACUGAGGAAGGCGGUUUACAAAAUGCCAACGGAAAGCGACGACUCAAGUAAAAGUGUAGCCCUCGCAUUGCAACGAGUAUUUCAUGAAUUACAAUUUUCUGACAAACCAGUUGGUACAAAAAAAUUGACAAAAAGUUUUGGCUGGGAAACACUUGACUCAUUUAUGCAGCAUGACGUACAGGAAUUUUUACGUGUGCUACUGGACAAACUUGAAAGUAAAAUGAAAGGAACGUGCGUCGAGGGAACGGUGCCAAAAUUAUUCGAGGGUAAAAUGGCAUCUUUUAUUAAAUGCAAGAAUAUCAAUUACACAUCAACAAGAGUUGAAACAUUUUAUGAUAUACAGCUGAACAUUAAAGGAAAAAAGAAUAUUUACGAGUCAUUCAGAGAUUACGUGAGUACGGAAAUUCUUGACGGCGAUAACAAAUAUGACGCCGGUGACCACGGUCUCCAGGAAGCUGAAAAAGGUGUAAUUUUCCAAUCAUUUCCACCUGUACUUCAUCUGCAUCUAAUGAGAUUUCAAUAUGAUCCGGUCACCGACUGUUCCGUCAAAUUCAAUGACAGAUUUGAAUUCUAUGAAAAAAUAUCACUAGGUGAAUAUUUACAAGCUGAGGAAUCAACAAACGCAAAUUACACUUUGCACGCAGUCCUGGUACACAGUGGUGACAAUCACGGAGGCCACUACGUCGUAUUUAUUAAUCCAGCUGGUGACGGCAAAUGGUGUAAAUUUGACGACGACGUGGUCUCGCGGUGUACAAAGCAGGAGGCAAUUGAACACAACUACGGCGGUCAAGACGAGGACAUAUCAAUGGCCGUGAAACACUGCACCAAUGCUUACAUGUUGGUCUACAUCCGGAAUUCCGAGCUGGAGAAUGUUCUUCAAGAGGUUAAAGAAGAGGACAUACCUCAAGAGCUGGUGGAGAGGCUACAAGAGGAGAAGAGGCUGGAAUAUAUACGAAGAAAGGAGAGAAACGACGCGCAUUUAUAUAUGACCGUGAACGUCCUCCUGGAGGACAGCUUUGACGGUCACCAAGGCAACGAUCUCUACGACCCGGAGCGCGCGCUUUACCGCGUAUUCCGCAUCCGUAAACAGGCGACCCUCCAUGAGUUUCUAGAGUUACUCAGCGACAGUCUGAAAUAUCCCAUUGAGCAAAUCAGAGUCUGGCCAUUUAGCUCCCGUACCAAUCAGACAUGCAGACCAACGUUGAUUGAAGCGGAGGCUGAUCUCCAGAAGAGCAUGUCCAUGUGCGCUGAAAACGCCAAUCCUUGGCCUGUGUUUGUCGAACUCGUUGCCCCGGAUUCCGGGCUCACGGCGCUCCCUCCUUUUGACAAAGACACUGACGUUUUGCUAUUUUUCAAACUCUACGACCCGAAGAACAAAAAAAUUCACUACGCUGGUCAUCACUACAUGUCAGUUACCGCGAAAGUUCAGGAACUCAUUCCCAUUCUAAAUGAGAGAGCUGGUUUUCCACCGGACACUGAGCUAGCACUUUAUGAAGAAAUAAAACCAAAUAUGGUGGAGAAAAUUGAGAACAUGACGGAGUCUUUAGAGAAAGUACUCGAGGAAUUGAUGGAUGGUGAUAUUAUUGUGUUCCAAAAAGAAGAAAGAGACAAUGAGAUGUACGAAUUACCGACUUGCCGAGAUUAUUUUAAGGACUUAUUCUAUAGGGUAGAAGUAACUUUUUGCGAUAAAUCUAUUCCAAAUGACCCGGGUUUCACGAUGGAACUGUCACUGAGAAUGACGUACGAUCAAAUGGCUAAAGCAGUAGCACAGAGGGUCGGUACAGAUCCGUAUCUACUACAGUUUUUCAGAUGUCAAAAUUACAAAGACCUACCAGGACAUCCUUUAAAAUGUACAUUCGAGGGUACACUGAAAGAUUUAGUUGCCUACUGUAAGCCCAAGACCAAGAAAAUAUUUUACCAACAACUGAGCAUUAGAGUUAAUGAACUCGAAAAUAAAAAACAGUUCAAAUGCAUUUGGGUUGGACCCUCACUCAAGGAAGAAAAAGAAAUAAUACUUUAUCCAAAUAAAAAUGGCACUGUUGCGACGCUUCUGGAGGAGGCUAAAAAACAAGUUGAGCUAUCGGAGAAUGGCUCGGGAAAGCUGAGGCUACUAGAAAUAAAUUGUAACAGAUUACUACCGGGUCCAAAGGAAGACACAUCGCUGGAGAGUCUUACGACUAUUGGUACCAAAGCGUACAGGAUAGAAGAAAUACCUAAAGAUGAAGUUACUCUUGCUGACGACGAAAUGCUCGUGCCAGUUGCUCACUUUCACAAGGAUGUAUUUUCACCAUUUGGUAUUCCAUUUAUGUUUAAAAUAAAACAUGGUGAACCCUUUACAAAAGUCAAGGACAGGUUAUUAAAAAAACUAGGUGUACAGGAAAAAGAAUUCGAAAAGUUUAAGUUCGCGAUCGUGUCGAUGGGGAAACCACAAUUCAUCACCGAGGAAGCGGAUUACUACAUCAAUCUUGCCGAAUUCCGAACUAAUUCCAGUCAAGCAUUACAGAGGCCUUGGCUCGGUCUGGACCACGUUAACAAAGCACCGAAGCGUCCACGAAUCAACUACCUCGAAAAGGCCAUUAAAAUAUACAAUUAAAUAGCUUGCCUGUAUGAACGUACGAUUGGUCCAGGCAGCUAACCCUUGUUAUUUAUACGAUUAAUUGUAUAGUGGGCGCGGUAUAGAUGUCGUGAAUGAUAAAAAAAAAUAUUAAAAAUAAAGAAAAAAAAAUAAUAAAAAUAGAGCAUGGGAGAGACUAGUGAGCGAGAAUAAAAAAGCGUGCGAGAAUUAUAUAUUUAAAAUUGAUAAUUAUACAAUAAAUUUUUCGUCUAAAUACACAAGUUAAAGUUAAAGUUUAUUUUAAAUUACUGUCGCUUUUGAUUAUUAAGCAAAAUAAUAAUCAUAAUUUUUUCGAACUACUAAUUAAUGGUAUGAAAAUAUUUAAAAAAUAAAAUAAAGUUAAUGAAUUAAUAAAUAUAAAUAUUUAAUAGCCGAUAUGAUUUUUUUACGCGACAUCAAAGCGACGCGAUUUACGAAAAUAUUUUUUUUUAUAUUUCUGUCAAUUAAUUUUUUUAUUUUUUUCGUGAUUGUAAAAAUCUGCAGUUUCUCUCACGAUAAAUGUCAAGAUUAAAUGCACCGCAGAAUCAUCACCAUCAUCAUCAUCAUCAUCUUCAUCAUCAUAAUAUCAAGUCUUCAAUAUAUUUUUCAUAAAAAAAAAAAAAUUUUUCAACGUUUGCUUCACGACACAGCGUCAAAAUAAAAAAAUAAAAAAAAAACAGGACAUCACGUGUAUGUAAAGCUUUUAACUUAAAGAAGUUUAUUUAAAAAAAAUAAUAAUAAGUCGCUUUGGAGAAAGUAUUGUCGUGUUACGAAUUAAUUGAAUCAUUAAAUUGAAUCUAAAUUAUGAAAAAAAAAAAAACUUAUUUAAAUAAAUAAGAUAAUUCUAGUAUUUUUAAACCAUAGAUAAACUGGCCUGAGUGAAAAAAAAAACCAAACAAAUGAUUAAAAAAAAAAAAAUAUAAAUAUAUAUAUAAAUAAAUAUAAAACGCAUGAUAUUGCAAAUUUGAUGGCUCGUUUCGUUGAUCCGGCAAUUAAAAAAAAAAUAUAUAACGAAUUACUUUGUAGUUGAUAAAAAAUGAUCGAUAAACUAGUGAUUGAUUAGGAAAUCAUUAGGCAUUGCGCAGUUUCCGGUCAGCCGACAAUUAAAAGCGAAUAAUGAAUUCUACCGAAUGGUAAAGGAUUUAAUAAAAUAAUUGAAUUAAUGAAUAAAUUAACGCCGGACACGUUAACGACUCAAUUGUUUAUACAAUAAAAAAUGUUUAUUUUUAAAACAAUAUCACAAUAGUUUUGAAUUUUCUAUAAGCAAAAGGUCUACGUUCAGGAUCAUGACAAUGUUUUAUUAUAUAAUUAAAAAAUAUGAUCACAACGUAAGCAUUCUAAGGAUUUUAUAUAUAUGAAGAUUAAGAAACAAAAAUAAUUAUUUAAAAACAAACAAUUAAAUAUGUAUAUAUAUAUAAUCCUUGUAUAUGUUAAACAAAUGCACUGUCGUAAAUUUUUUUUUUAUUAUUUCUUUUUCUUUCUUUUAUUAUUACAUACAAUAUACUCUGUUAUUAAAUAAACUAGACAAUAGGACAUAAAUAAAUCAAGAGAGGAUUAAUAAUAAUUAAUAAAUAAUCAAUAAUUAAUUAAGAUGAUAAAUUUUUAUUUCAAUGGCGUGUUUAUAUCGCUGUCAGCGUAUAAAAAAUGGAUAACAGGUAACUCGCGGUUUUAGAGUCUUGAUAUAAUUAAUAAUUAAUAAUUAAUGAUUAAUGAU